AUGGUUGAUUUGGAGCAAGAGUUUUCGCUCGGUGGCCGUUGUCUGGCAUUUCAUGGCCCUCUUAUGUAUGAGGCGAAGAUCCUGAAGAUAUGGGAUCCAUCUUCGAAAACGUAUACGGACAUUCCUAAUGACAAGCCAGGUGUUAACUUGCAAACAGCGAAGGAAAUGCAGCCACAGAAACUGGGAGAAGACGAAAGCAUUCCGGAAGAAAUUAUCAACGGGAAGUGUUUUUUCAUCCAUUACCAAGGUUGGAAGUCCAGUUGGGACGAGUGGGUUGGAUAUGAUAGAAUACGGGCUUAUAACGAGGAGAAUAUCGCCAUGAAGAAGAGGCUGGCCAACGAAGCCAAAGAGGCCAAGAAAUCGCUUCUGGAGCAGCAGAAAAAGAAGAAAUUUUCUACCAGUUUGGGUGGUUCCAGUAAUGGUGGCAAGAGAAAGGGUGAUGGCCGUUUGAAUGCUGGUAUAAGCAAGAGUGCGUCACAAGGUUCUUUAGCAUCUUCCGUGAGUGGAAGGAAAAGCGGGAGAAGUUCCGCUAAUUCCCUCCAUCCAGGCAGUUCUUUGCGCUCUUCCUCAGAUCUAAAUGGCAAUGAUGAUCGUAGACGAUCUUCUUCAAUGUCACCGAAUAUUUUGCAUCACAUAGCUGGCUAUCCUACGCCCAAGAUUUCCUUACAGAUUCCCAUAAAGUUGAAGAGUGUGUUGGUUGACGAUUGGGAAUACGUGACGAAGGAUAAAAAAAUUUGCAGAUUACCUGCUGAUGUAUCUGUUGAACAGUUAUUAAACAAAUACGAGCAUGAAGUAAGCCAAGAACUGGAGUCGCCAGGGUCGCAAUCGCAGUUGAGCGAGUAUUGUGCCGGCCUCAAGCUGUAUUUUGAUAGAAGCCUAGGGAAUAUGCUUUUAUAUAGAUUAGAACGGUUGCAAUAUGACGAACUUCUGAAAAAGUCAGCAAAAGACCAGAGCCAAUUGAUACCUAUUAAAGUUUAUGGACCCAUCCAUUUGCUAAGAUUGAUAAGUGUCCUACCAGAGUUAAUAUCGUCCACAACGAUGGAUUUACAAAGUUGUCAGCUUCUAAUUAAACAAACUGAAAACUUCCUGGUAUGGCUAUCGAUGCAUAUGGGCAAAUAUUUCAAUGACAAGGAUCCAAACCGUAGUGACGACGCUUUAUACGUAAAUACGUCUAGUCAGUACGAAGGAGUGGCGUUAGGUAUGUGA